GAAUGAAUUUUGUUGGGUCAUUUGUUCUUUUCCUGCAAAAAUCAAUGUUUCAGUUUUUCAAGUUUCUCUCCGACCUAUAAUGGGGUCUCCUUGUUGAAUGAUCUACCAAUAAAAAUAUCUCAGUGUUUGUUGCAAAAGUUUCAGCAGAAAGGUACAAACUUUCCAAGUUUGAAGGAGAAAGUAAGUGAAGGGUAUUAUGGCACAGUUCACUACGCAGGGUCGGCUGAAGUUGCUCUUCAAUGGGGAGGGCGUGUCUUCUAUUUUGGAUCAGAAGGACCCUUUUCUCUACAAGUGCAGAUCAGUUCAGACCAGCGAGCGAAAAACAAGGUGCAUAGGUUCUUCUGCUAGGAUUUACUAUGCUUCAACAUCUUCUUUGUGUAACAAAAACAACCGUUGUAAUGCGGGAGCAAGCUCCACUGCUGGCAAUGGGAGUGUUCAUGAUGAGGAUGAUGAUGAAGAUGAGGACGCUGAUUUUGAUGAGGACGAUGAUGUGUUUGACGGAGAUGGCUUGUCUUGUUUCCGUGGUUUGGUUUUGGACAUAGCUUACAGGCCAGUAAAUGUCGUAGGCUGGAAACGUGCUAUAUGUUUGGAGUUUAUGGAGAAGGCUGAUGUACUGGAGUAUUAUGCUAAGACAGUGAACUCCCCCAGUGGAUCUUUCUAUAUACCAGCUGUCUUAAGGGUUCCACAUUUACUUCAGGUUGUUAAAAGAAGAAUAAUCAAGAACAAUCUCAGUCGAAAAAAUAUACUAUUUCGAGACAAUUACACCUGUCAGUAUUGCUCUUCACGUGAGAAUUUGACCAUUGAUCAUGUUGUGCCCGCUGCGUUAGGUGGAGAAUGGACAUGGGAAAAUCUAGUGACUGCUUGUGCCAAAUGCAACUCCAAAAAGGGUAAAAAAACUUUGGAGGAGGCAAAAAUGAAGUUGAUUAAGGUCCCAAAGGCUCCAAAGGACUAUGACAUUCUUGCCAUACCUCUAACUGCUGCGGCCCUGAGAAUGCUGACAUUAAGAAAGGGAACACCUGAAGAAUGGCGUCAGUAUCUUAGGUCUCCUUGAGUUAACACUCGGUGAUAGCUGUAUAGUCCUGCAUGUCAUGAAAACUGAAUUUAUCCUUGGGCACCCCCCUCCAGAAUAACUAGAAAUUGAAGAAAGAAAAAAAAAAAUCUUGAUUUUUAGGUUCUUUUAAGAUACUUCAACUUUGUAAAGAAAUUCAUUGUAAACAAGGCCUCCAAACCUAUGCAUAUUAAUUGCUGUCUGAAUGAAGUUACAUAUUAACAUUGCCAGACCUUGUUCACUUUGAA